UACCAUAACGCCCAUCUCUAUCAACGCAACACAAAUCAGAGAAAGAACUUCUCUCUCUACAGGUAGACCGUUCUGCCAUCUAUCAUCACUUAAAUCAAACAAACGGCAUCUUCAAGUUAUGACCACAUUUUCUGAACCACCCAAUCUCUGUAUACUGUGAUAUGGAGACUGUAGGGGGAGGAUGGACGUUAAUUCAAAGAAGGGGGAAUUUUGGAGACCCGGUUGAGGACUUUGACCAAACGUGGACUAGUUACAAAUCUGGAUUUGGAAAUUUAACUACAGAAUUUUGGUUAGGAAAUGACGUCAUAUUUGCCUUAACCAAUCAAAACAAUAUGAUACUUCGAGUCGAUUUAGAAGAUAUGGAAGGUGAUCAAAGAUAUGCAGAAUAUGAUGAGUUCUUGGUGCGAAGUGAAAGGGAACUGUAUAAAAUGAGUUAUAAAACGUACAAGGGUGACGCAGGGGACACACUUUCAACCCACAAUAACAUGGUGUUUUCCACCAGGGACAGAGAUAAUGAAAAGAACUGUGCCAAGUCUUACAAAGGUGGCUGGUGGUAUAAUAAGUGUCAUU